UCCACAUUCACAAAAUGGCAUUCAAGGUCAUCUUCUGCAUUGCCGCCAUGGCGAUUGCCUGCGCCCAGGCCAAGCCCGGCGGCCCAGCUGCCUACUCGAUUAACGCGCCCAGCGUGGACCACGCCUCCGUUGGCAAUACACAGGAGCAUACGGUGAAGGGACACUACGGCCAGUCAUCGCAGUCGGACUACGCCAGCCAGGUGCAAACCGCCCAUUCGCAGUCGCAUGUGCAGCGCUCCAGCAUCAGCAAUGAUGGCGGUUUGGCGCCUGCUCAUUAUGCUGGUGAGUGAACUGAAGCCUUCAAGUGUACACACGCACACGCACACGCACAUGCACACGCUAUAGCCGCGCCACAAGUUGCCACCUACGCAGUCGGACACACUGCACCCGCCCAGAUCCAGCUGACCACCUAUGGCGGCCAUUAUGCAGCCACGGCGCCCGCUUUCCAGCUCUCGGGCGGCUCCCACCUGAGCCUGGGCAGCCUGGGCUAUGGCUAUGGAUAUAGCGCAGCUGCUGCCGCACCGGCUCUCUCCCACGGCUACCAGCUGGCCGCCCCAGCCGCUGCUCCGAUUGUGAAGUACGCCGCCGCUCCAGCCUAUGCACCUGGCAUCAUUGGACACGGCAUUGGACUUGCUGCCGCCCCCGCCUACGCCGCGCCCGCCUAUGCCACGCAUCUGGCCGCCCCAGUGCUCAAGGCCGCCGUCGCACCUGCCCUGGUGCACACCUCCGUCUCCGGCCAUGGCAUUCAGUACGGCUACUAGAGCAGCGAGAUGGGCCAACGUAACC